AACUACAAGUGGUCGUCGGCUAAAAUUUAGCUGAAAAAAUUCCUCGCAAACAUGUCUUAUGCGUAUUAUCUAAGAGGCUGGGUCGGACUGGUGGGUUUGAUGGCUAUCGGAAACACCAUACAGUGCUUUGUUGACCCGAGAUUUGUCAGAGAAAGGCUUUAUACGGCAUCCACCGGUCGAGCCAAUUCUCUCACAGCCAGGCUGUUUGGAAUGUGGACGUUGUUGGCGGCCAUUUUAAGAAUAUGCUGUGCCAUUGAUAUACACAAUAAAAGCAUCUACAAUAUUACUCUCAUCUCCUUCUUUCUGGCCCUGGGACAUUUUGCAAGUGAAGUCUUCAUCUAUAAAACUGCUGACCUGACGAUAGGGAUUGUCAUACCGUUGAUUGUGUCAAGUUUUUCCGUCCUUGUUAUGGUCAUUGGUUAUUGGUGGACGGCGCCCUCUCUAGAGACAAAUGGACACAAGAGAAGAGGAAUGAAACGGGAAAUGCUGUUUCAGACGGACAACAAGAGUGAUUAAGAUUAUGGAAGAAGAUGGACAGCCUGAUUGAUGAUGAAAUUUUAGCAAAUGAAGAAUCCACAAAUUUAUGGACUCAAAACGUAUCAUCUUGACCUUGUGGCGUGGCUCUAUGUGUAAUUAAAUGACCUCAUGUGCAGUCAUUUGUAAAGGUCCAACCAAGUUCCUUGGUUCCUCAUAUUAUCGAUGUUAUUACUUCAGAAGAUUUGGAUGUUAUAAAUGGAUGUAUAUUUUCACCUGCCAAAUGUAUUUUGAAAAUAAAUUAUUUUUAUAUUGAUUGUGAA